AUGUCCAUCCUCCCUGCUCUUUUCUGCCUCGGGCUGAGUCUGGACCAGAAAACCCACGAGCCGAAUGGGGCCCUCCCCAGUCCCACCAUCUGGGCUGAGCCGGGGCCGGUGGUCCCUUCAGACAGCUCUGUCACCAUCUGGUGUCAGGGGUCCCUGGAGGCUCAGGAGUACUGUCUGUGGAACAAAGAUGUGGAUAAAUUCUCGAACAGACAGAAACCAGGGGCGACAACGGACAAGGCCAACUUCUCCAUGAGAGACCCCUAUGCAGGGAGAUAUUAUUGUAAAUACCGCAGCCCCACUGGCUGGUCAGAACUCAGUAACUCCUUGGAGCUGGUGCUGACAGGAUUCUACGACAAACCCAGCCUCUCAGCCCUGCCCAGCCCUGUCGUGACCUCAGGAGGAAACGUGACCCUCCAGUGUGCCUCACGGGAAGGAGUGGACGGGUUCACUCUGAUUAAGGAAGGGGAAAGCGGGCACUCCUGGACCCUGGACUCACAGCCUGACCCCAGUGGGCAGUCCCAGGUCCUGUUCCUUGUGGGCCCCGUGACCCCCAGCCACAGGUGGACGUUCAGAUGCUAUGGAUAUUUUAGGAAGCACCCCGUGGAGUGGUCUCACCCCAGUGACCGCCUGGAGCUCCUGGUCUCAGGACCCUCUGGAGGCCUCUGUCCCCCACCCACAGGGUCUGUCUCCACAGCCGCCAGGCCACGUGACCACACAGUGGAGGUUUUCAUCCGCAUCGGCGUGGCUGGAUGGGUGCUGGUGGUCCUCGGGGUGCUGCUGCUUCAGGCUCGAGUCAGCGAGAGGAGGGCCCACGAUGCAGCCGGGACAUCAACACAGAGGGGCACUUUUCAGAGUGGGGGAGCCAUGGAGCCCAUCUGA